UGCACUGGACAUAACAUCAAUCAGAUGAGUGAGACUUUUGUAUGCGAAAUUACUUUUUAACCAAGACGCAGUCAACAUACGACUUGAGCCGAGCCGGAGCAGAAAAGUAAGCAGCUCUUUCCAUGAACAGCCGACUGAUAGAGCAGAAGCGCCCCAUCCAACUAGGCAAAUGGGGCUUUUUGACAAGCUUGCAGGUUGGCUGGGUCUGAAGAAGAAGGAAGUGAACGUGCUGUGUUUAGGUCUGGACAACAGUGGAAAAACUACCAUCAUCAACCAGCUAAAGCCAUCCAAUGCUCAGGCUCAAGACAUUGUCCCAACCAUAGGCUUCAGCAUAGAAAAGUUUAGGACCUCAAGUCUUUCUUUCACAGUGUUUGACAUGUCAGGGCAGGGAAGAUACAGAAAUCUGUGGGAACACUAUUACAAGGAGGGUCAGGCCAUCAUUUUUGUGAUUGACAGUGGAGAUAAACUAAGAAUGGUGGUGGCAAAAGAGGAAUUGGAUACCCUUUUGAAUCACCCUGAUAUUAAGCACAGAAGAAUACCUAUACUGUUUUUCGCCAACAAGAUGGACCUCAGGGAUGCUUUGUCAGCAGUAAAGGUCUCUCAGCUCUUGUGUCUGGAAAACAUUAAAGACAAGCCAUGGCAUAUCUGUGCUAGCGAUGCAGUGAAAGGAGAAGGUCUUCAGGAGGGUGUAGACUGGCUGCAAGAUCAAAUCAGAGCGAUGAAAACGUAAAACCCUCCUGAAAAAUAAACAAUGGCGGAGCCAGACAAAACAGAUCUUCACACAAUAACGGUGUCUGUGCUGACUUUAAAAUCAGUUCGAGUGGUAGAGUAAUAAACUGUUUGGCUUUGAUUCUGGCCAUGUUUGCACUAGGUUUGAACAUCUGUUUCUGUUGCUCAGUGGCCGGUUGCAUAAACUGCUUAGACUAGUCUUACAAGUUAGUCAUCUAUUUUUUUCUUCAAAAGUCAGUAACUUUUUUUACUCAACUUUUAAUAGUCAGUUACAUAAUUGUGUAGAUUGGUCUCAUUUGAAUCCAAAAAGUAGGGCUGAUUAUCCCCUAACUAACUGCUAGUGGGUCAGACUAGUUCUUAAGACACAAUCUUAACAUAGUUGCUAGAUGUUUAUGCAACUGGCCACUGAUCGAGACUUUGAUCGAUCACUGUCAGUCGAGACUUUUCUUUUUAAAUCUCGCCACAAACAUUAUUCGGACAGUUGUUUUCUUUUAAAGGCGUUUAAGCUAUUAGCGCAAUGAUUGAUUGGCAGGUUCCCUGUUGUACAGGAUGCAUAAAAACUCUUUAGAAUCUACACUAAAAAUGCAAUGUGGCCAUAUGCAUUUCUGACUACCUCCAAAUGAGUGAUCAAAUCACAAAACAUUUUGACCCCAUUUAUACCUGCAUUUAGUGCUGACCACUUCUGAUCACCUGCGCUAUGAUGUUAAUAUCAGGUGUAAAAUGGUCUGUGACAAUUCGUCUAGCAUUUGGUCAUUGCACCUUCUUGAUGAAUUUACUUUUAGAAAUAUUCCACAACAAUAAAUAUACUAUAUACAUUUAAUUUGUCAAAGUACAACAUAUUUUAAACUUUAAAUAUUUACAUUACUCUUCUUGGCUGCCAAUGCUGUAGAAUAUUUCUGUUGAGAAACUUACUGUUUCUCAGUCAGCAAAGCAUAGUAGCUAAUAUUUUAUAUCUUACCUAUGUUUGUUUAUCGAUAGAUAGAAAUCAUUCCUGAGCAGUGUUUGUCAUUGCUCUGUAAUGUAAAAUUGGUCAAAGCUUGUUACUGUAGUAAUGUACUGACUAUUUUGCUAUGAUUCACUUUUUCAUGCAUUGCACGCAUGUUGCCUCUGAAACCGUAUAAAAAGGACAGUGUUUUUUUUUUUUUUUUUUUUUUUUCAAAAAGUAUAUGACACCUCAGACCGUCACAAAGGAAACAUUUCCUUAUUUUCCAUAAACGUUUUGUUGUAAAAGUAUAUGUAAAGAAAUUGUUGCUGCAUUUUUUUUCUUGUGUUUUGUCUAGAUGGUACAUUUUUACCAAAUUAUUUAUUUUCUAAACAUUUGACUGAUAUUUAGCAAUGUUUUUUCCUUGCUGUUUUUAUUCAUCAUCAAGGGAUCUUGUAAUAGAAUGUUUUAAGAAUAAACAGAAACUCUGGG